AUGGCAAAGGCAAGAAUCAGGACAGGAAAUACAAUGCUUGAACAAAGGGACAGAGAUAGAAUAAGAGAAACAUAUGGGAUUACAGAGGAACAGUGCUUGAUCUCAGAUAGACAUGAGAGCAUAAUUAAGGCAGCUGCUCAAGUAUUUCCAGAAAUCACACAUUGCUAUUGUGUAUACCACCUGUUAAGCAACCUAAAAGCAACCUUCAAGAAGAAUGCAAGCAAGCUGGAUAAACCAUUCUUCGCUGCAGCCAGAGCAUACACAGAGAGGAAAUUUGAAUACCAUAUGAGCGAGUUGGACAGCUUGGACAUCCGUGUCAGACCAUAUUUACAACAAGUUGGAUACCACAAAUGGUCAAGAUACCACUGCAAAAACAACAGGUAUUCAACUAUGACUUCAAACAUUGCUGAAUCUCUAAAUGCAGCAAACUUAGCAGCUAGAGAGCUACCAAUCACAUCACUGAUGGAGUCAUUGAGAGCUUUGAUACAACAAUGGACAUACACAAACAGGAAAAAAGCACAGAAAACAACAACAUUUUUAACACCUACAGCAGAGAAGAAAUUAGUCAACAACUUUGUGGACUCAUUGACAGAAAAUGUAAAACCAAUAAACGAGACCAUGUUCGAAGUCGUUGAACUAAUCAGAUCAUGGGUCAUCAACCUCAAGGAGAAAACAUGCAGUUGCAACAGAUUCCAACUUGACGAGUUACCGUGUGCUCAUGCGCUUGCUGUUAUAAAAGAGAUGAACUUGAAUGUUUACAACUACUGUUCAGGUUAUUACACCACAAGAACAUGGCUUGAAACAUACAGCGGCUCAACAUAUCCGGUACACAAUCACACAACAUGGGAUGUGCCACAAAACAUAAAAGAUAUCAUUGUUCUGCCACCAAACUAGAAAAUAAGAUCUGGAAGACCAAGGAAACGAAGGUUUUUAUCUGAAUGGGAUACAAAAAAACAUAACAGGUGCAGCAAAUGUGGUCAACACGGACACAAUCGAAAGACAUGCAACAAUCAAGCAAUAAAAUAGAUACAUAUGAAAUAUUUGAAUUGUUUAAUUCUGUGUGCAAAUUCAAACAUGUUGAUAUGUUAUGUUCUAAAUACAUGGGAUUUCAUUUUUAUGAAAUUUGAAACAGUUUUUUAAUA